GGUAUUUUCCGAGUAAACACUGUAUUAUAUAUCUUCCACUUCCACCACAACCACCCACACGAACAACAACAACGAUUCCUGAAUCAACAACUCUACUCCUCUGCAAUUCAAUCAACAACGAUUUUCAUUGUCUUGUUCCAGAAAAAACAUCUCAGUUCUUUGCAUAUGUCAAUGGAAGGCGAGGAUUUGAGCUUUGGUCUCUCCACUGCUUCUAGAACCCACCGAUCGAGGCUAAAGUCACACUUUGAGCUCUUUGUUGAUUUUGAGGAGGAUGAGGUAAUUGGGGAUGAUGAUGACGAUGAUGAUGAGUUAAGGACGGCUUAUCCAUGCCCGUUUUGUGAAGAGGAUUUUGAUCUUCUAGAGCUAUGUUGCCAUAUUGACUUGGACCAUCAAAUAGAAGCCAAGUCUGGGGUGCAGCUUUGUCCUGUUUGUGCCGUGUGGAUAGGGGCAAAUAUGGUUGAGCACAUAGCAGCACAACAUGGAAACAUAUUUAAGAGUCAACUCAAAUCAAAACGCCACCAGCAUGAUUCCUACCCAACUCUUUCCUUUUCAAGAAAGGAUGAAGAGGAUAGACACUGGGAAUCUUUUUAUGCUGGGUCAUCUCCUGUGACGUCUACCUCCGAGACAGCGCGUGAUCCAUUGCUAUCAUUUUUAUGUGGUGCAGCUGCUGCUGGUGAACACCAAAAUGUGCAGCCUGAUUCUUCAAGUGAAUUAAGCAUUGAAGAAACACAUUCAGAUGAUACAGUGUUAGAAAGAGAUGUUGAGCCAUCUUUACCCGACAAAGACCGCAUAGAGAAAGCUCGGCGUAGUAAAUUUGUACAGGGACUUUUGAUGUCCACUUUCCUUGAUCCUGACUUGUGAUCGAGACAAUCAGGAACAUCAGUGGUUAAUAUCAAUUCGAUGGAGGAAAUAAAAGGAGAAAGUAGAGUUAGUUUCAAUCUUGAAAAUUAUUCAUAGUCACAGGCCAGUAUUUGUGUUUGUAUGAAUUGUAAUGUGGUAUAUCUAGUUUAGAGAGCUCAAAUACAUGUAGGAAUCAAAUGUAAUGAGUGUUCAAGGCAAUGCAGUUAUUAGUUCAGAACAAUUGCAUAUCCUCUUCUAUUCCCCCUCUCAGGACUUCAUCCAUUAGUUUUUGUAGUUCACUCCAUAUUCCUUUAGCAUGUAUUAACUAAUUUUUCCUCAGAAUUAA